AUGGAGAAUCCCGACACUCCUACGGAAAUCGCGAAACAUAUUUCUCACGCGGGAAUCACGUUCGAAGUCUUUCGUCCAGAGGAACUGCCCGGCAUACCAAUCUUCGGUGACCCUGGGCAGCGGCGGAACAACAACAACAACGGCAACAAUAAAAAGCGAAAAGCUGACGAGGAGGAGGAAGGCUGGGAAAAGCGCAGGCGUACUACCAUUGAGAACGAAUUGUUCGAUAGUGUGUUCAUCGGUUUGGAAACGCAGGUUUGCAACGGGGGAGUACGCUUACCAAGGUUACCGGAUUGGUUAAAUGCGGUACGCGAGGAUCAGUGGGAUACGCGGGCGCCGGGAGUGUUCCUCGUUCGGCCUUCUUUGGAGGACUUUCGAAGCCGAUUUGUGGAAAUGAUGGGCGUUCUAGAAGCGAUUGGGGUGGAGAUGGGCGUUGUGAAGGUUAAGAUUCCUGAAGGAUGGAAUGAUACUCCGCCAAUCCCUUCCUCGGAGAGCGAUCGUGCCCCACCAGAUCUUGAACUCUACACCAUGACCCAGCGGCUACCCCUUCACCCUUCCUCAAAAUCAAACUUAACCCCAAUAUACCAUGUAACUUCCUCCACCAAGCGUACAAUACCAGCAUCGCAAUGGCGAGAAAUUAUCCAAGCCUCGACCCGACCGACCGCCGCCCUAUCGGAGACUAAAAUGUGCUUCCGAGGUCGUCAGUGGAAAAACAUCCUCACUGGAAUACCGCGGGACGGCCCAACCCAAUACUCCUCAGACAAUGACAUAACGGACGACUUACGCAGAUACCUCUCCCUCUCCGAUCCGAAGCUAACAUUGCUCCCGGGUAACGUCCUCCACGACAACAUAACCGCCGUGACAGGGAUCCAAACACCAUACCUAUACAUCGGCCAGGCGUACACCAUGUUUGCUCUACAUACGGAAGACUACAACGCACUAUCCCUGAACUACCAACACUCCGGCGCGCCCAAAUCAUGGCGCGUCUGCUCGCCACGGAGCUUCACCGCCCUGGAAGACUUUAUCGCAGCGAGCAUCCCCAAUGCCGGGAAUUGCUCGCAGUUUGUCAGGCAUCAGAGUAUCUAUCUACCCCGGGAGACGCUUGAGGGAGCGGGUGUGAGGAGUAUACUUGUUCGACAGUUUCCGGGAGAAUUGGUGAUUACUUGGCCGCUGGCCUACCAUCAGGGGUGGAACGAGGGGGUUAAUGUUAACGAAGCGUGUGGAUAUGGGAACGAGAGGUGGAGAGAGUUGUUCCCCGAAAAAGCGAGGAGAGUAAAAGAGGGUAGGGGUGUCGGUGGGGGAAGUGUUUAUAGGGCUUGUGGUGGGAGGUGUGUGGGCGGAGAAGAACCGGUUCGUUUAGUUUAUAGGGGGGAGAGUGAUUGGGCGGUUUAAGGAAGGGGAGAACUGUACAUAUACGCUUGCGACUUGUGACAUAUGGGAACUGUGUGUACUUGUACGUGUGUAUUUCUGGAGAGACGUGGAUACUAGGCAUCGGUAAUGGGAUUGUUAAUCAAUAAUAUUAUGGUGGGUUAGUUGAUGG